AUGGAAGGAAACGUCUUCCCCGAUCAAGAACAGCUUCUCGGGUUCCUGAAAAAGCUCAAGGAGGUAUUCGACGUGUGUGAUGAGGAUGCUGAUGGUUACAUUCGGGUCGAACAUUUUGUGGAUUUGGGGCUCCAGUUCGGGCAGGGUGACAGAGAUGAGGUGAAGAAGUUGACUAAGUACCUGGAUCCCAACGCUCACGGCAGGAUCAACUUCAAAGACUUCUGCUAUGGCGUGUUCGCCAUCAAGGGAUGUGAGGAGAUUCUGAAGACAGCUCUGGGUCCUCGUAGUGUACCCAUUCAGACUGACAAUGGAUACAUCUACCAGAAUGGCGAGGCCCGACUGGGCCCUCCCAUCAUCAUGUGUACCCGUCCAUACCCAGACUGCAGUGUGGAGCAGGGGGAGUGUUGUGACAUGGACAGCACCAAUGAGAGCGGGGUGGGCUCUGACACCUCUGACGGGGGGCGGAGCAACGAGAAGGAGGAGGGGCUAGGCGGACUGUUCAACAAUUCUGGCCAGCUGAUUGGCUCGGCUUCUGCGUCCGUCUUCUCGGGGGAGGAGCAGUUUGAGGACUACGGAGAGGGGGAGGACGUGGACUACACUCCCAGCAGCCCUUGCCCCGACGAUGACGCGCGCACCAACGUCUUCUCAGACCUCGGCUCCUCUCUGCCCUCCAGUGCUGGUCAGACCCCUCUGAAGAUGUGUCACCUGUACAACAGUGAUGUGUUGGAUGUAUAUUGUUCUCAGUGCUAUAAGAAGGUUAACCUGCUCAACGACCUGGAGGCCAGGCUCAACAACCUCAGAGCCAACAGGUAA